GAAAAUAAUAAUAAUAUUAUAUCUUAAUAUUUUACUUACUUGUUUACUUCGCAUCCCAAACUUUAUUUUGUGUAUCGGGACAUCAAAUAUUACAAAUGUCAUUUAAUGUGAAUCUGCUUUGGAAAAAAAAAAAAAAAGAAAAAAUGCUUAUAAUGAUUUAUUAUAAUCAUAAUAAUCAUUCAUCGUUAUCUCAUACAAAAAAAGAGAUAAUUAUAUUUUUAGUAUAUAUGAGUCAGUAAUGUGAAAAACAACAUAGUAUAAAUAAAUGUAUCAUUUCGAGAUUAGUUUAGUUACUGCGAUGUACUUCAUCUUUUAUAAUUCAAUAUUAUAAUCGUGUUUUUUUUUUUUUUUUAAUAAGUGAAUAAUUUAAAAUUGUACGAAAAUCUUUAUUUUAGUACAUAGAGCAAAAUGAAAGUCAAUCCUAUAAAUGUUAUAAGACUACUCUUAACAACAUUUCAAGUCAUGAACAUUCCAGAAUCGCCAGUAAAUGACGAAGAAAUACAAAUCAAAGAAAGUUUUGAAAAUAUUUUACUCAAUGCUAUGAACGAAUACUCCGGAGUCGAAAUGGUCGAAGAAAGUUCUUUGCAUUUCCAAGAACCGUAUAAAGAUUGGACGAUGGAAGUCGUGGAAGAUAAAGAGUGGGCAAAUGCACUAGUUGAUCAAGAAACACCUAUCGACGAAUGCACUAAGGAUGUUGAAGAUUUAUCUUAUGAAUAUAAAUUGAAAGCCGUCGAGUACUGGCGUAGUGGCAAAAAAAGAAAUUUAAGUUUAGACAGUGUUAGACAAAAAUUUAGAAAGGUACAAUCUGUGCGACAGUUACGAAGAUGGGCUCAUACUUUAAAUCAGGGAGGGACUUAUAAGGAAAAAUUAGCAAGAAUUUGUGAAUAUACAUUACAAAAUUUCAAAGCAGCUAUAGAUGCAGGUUUAAUCGUACAUAAUUGUGACAUGAAAAGAUGGGCCUUACAAGCUCAAAAAGAAAUUGGUGCGGAAGAUUUCCGUUUUAAAGCAUCAACAAAGUGGAUCGCGUCAUUCAAAAGAGCACAUCGCAUCGUAUCAAGAAAAAUAAAUAAGUUUAUCACGUCCAAAACCAUUGAAGAUAGUAAAUCAUUAAAACAGCAAGCUGAGGAAUUCGUCAAUAAUGUAAAACAAAAAAUUAAAAUUUAUGAAUUAGCAAACGUAUAUAAUUCAGAUCAAAGUGGUUUUCAGUUGGAAAUGCAUUCCGGUCGAACUUUAGCUGUUGAAGGAGAGAAGCAAGUAGAAUGUCUUGUACAAUCUGUUACUUCUACUACUCAUAGUUACACAGUUCAACCAACUGUAUCCGCUGAUGGAAAGCUUUUAUCCCCACUUUUUUUGGUUCUAAAAGAACCAAGUGGUAAAUUUGGACCAAUAGUUGAAACAACACUUUUUAGACCUCAUAAUGUAUACAUAGAAGCAUCAAAAUCAGGAAAACUUACAUCAGAUCAUUUCAAAAUUUGGUUGGAGAGGGUGUUUUUUCCAAAUGUGGGCCCAAAAUCUUUAUUACUAAUUGACUCAUGGACUGGGCAUUGUCCUCAAGUUGUACAAAGCGUUAAACCAACAAAUAAAGAUACUGAAGUAAUGAUCUUACCAAAAGGUACAACUGGGAAAAUUCAACCGCUUGAUGUUUUGGGAUUCCGAGUAUGGAAAAAUUUUUGUUCGAUAUUUUUCGGAUCGUACAGUUUUGAUGAAUUUGGACAUAAACUUGCAUUUACGAAAUAA